GCUUCACUGCAAAGUCGGAGCGCGUUAGACCGAGCGAAAGUGCGCUUAUUGUGUAGUUUGAAGUGAAAGUUUCGUCACGAAUCCACGAACACUCGAUUAACCCACGGCAUAAGCGUCCCGCGUGAAGAAAACGUGUCGUGUUAUCUGUGAUUUGACGCCGAAAGCACAAAAUGACGGAUAUCGCUAAUCUACAGCAACAGGACAAUAGCAGCUUCGACGCCGGUGACUGUGGCGGUGGUGCUGGUCUCGACGACGCUGGUUCAGGCAGUGCAGCAGGUGUCGGCAACAUGAGCGGCUACGACCAAGGCCAAGGAGGCCCGCCCGUGAACGAGGAUGGUUCGUGCUGUCUGCGGCUUCGGGGGCUUCCGUGGAGCAUCACGGAGGAGGAGAUCCGCAGCUUUCUGCACGGUGUCAACAUCCUGCACGUGCACAUCAGCGUGAACCCGCAGACGAAGCGACAAACGGGGGACGCGUACAUCCGCGUCGCCUCGGUCCAGGAUCGCAACAACACGUUCUCGCGCAACAAGCAGAACAUUGGCCACCGGUACAUUGAGAUCUUCAACGUCACCGAGGAGCAGUUCGAGAUGUCCCUGCAGGAGGUGGACGAUGGCGAAGACGGUGGGCCGGUGGUGAAGCUGCGCGGCCUGCCCUGGUCCGCCACGAAGGAUGACAUCAAGAUGUUCUUCUGCGGGUUGACGAUUAAGAAUGGCUAUAAUGGGAUACUUUUACUACUGGACAACCUGGGACGGGCAUCUGGGGAGGCGAUUGUUGAGUUUGCAUCCGAGGCCGAUGCUGAAACGGCCAUGGGCAAGCACAAAGAGAAGAUUGGGAACAGAUACAUCGAAAUAUUCCGCAGCAACACGCGCGAGAUGAAGCGCGCGGAAAAACGGAUGAGACGCAUGACCCCGUACGGACGGAACGAUCGCAGCUCAAGCGGCGGUGGCUACUCGCAGAACUAUGGUCAAGACUACUCCGAUAGCCCGAUGGGAGGAUCCGGUGGCGGAAUGGGUGGUGGAUGGAACGACCGCUCCGACGGUGGGUACGGCAAUGGUGGCAAUGGGUACAACGGUGGGUCGAACAACGGUUCCGGCAGCGUUGGUCCGAUGUACUCGUCCAACAACAAUGGCAGCCCGAACAAUUCGGGACUGUCGAACAAUUUGGGCAACAUCGACAUCUUGCGCCUGCUGCAGGAUCAGCUAAUAGAGCGAGGUGGAGGCACAAACUAUGGAUCGGGCCGUGGCGAUAGUCCUUCCGGUGGGGGCAUGAGCAGCGGUGGCGGCGGCGGUGGUGGUGGUGGAGUUGGUAGCGGUGGUGCAAGCGUGGGCAUCAACAGUUACAGCACCGGCGGAGGCGGAUACAGCUCGGGCGGAAACGUUGGCGGUGGUGACAUGAUGAUGAACAUGGACCGUGGAGGUGGCAACGGUGGAGGUGGUGGUGGCUACCGUUCGUCGGGGCCGAUGUCGAACAGCUACAACAGCUACUCGUCCGGUGGAGGCAGCGGCAUGGGCGGCGGUGGUAUGGGUGGCAAUAGCUCCGGCAUGGGCUCGUACAACAGCAGCUACGGGUACGGUUCCGGCGUCGGGGGAGGCGGCGGUGGCGGCGGCGGUGGGUACGGUUCCAUGAACAACUACUCCAACAAUGACUUCUCGAGCGACGAGCCGAAUCUGUACUGUGUCCACCUGCGCGGUAUGCCGUUCAGCUGCGACGAGCAGGAUAUCUACGACUUUUUCAUGCCGCUCCGGCCGAUCAAGUGCGUCAUCCAGCUGAACACCCGCAAGCGCCCGUCCGGUGAGGGUGACGCGUACUUCGAGACGAAGGAGGAAGCCAUCAAGGCGAUGCGCAAGGACAAGGAGAAGAUGGGCACGCGCUACAUCGAGCUGUUCGCCGGCCAGCGCAACUUCGCGGCGGGUGGCGUCGGGGGCGGUGGCAGCGGAAUGGGCGGCAGCAUCGGUGGAAGCGUCAACUCGUUCCCCAAGAAGUACUUCAACUAAGUUUCGGCCGAUCCCCUUUUCCCGGGGCCAUUCCCGGGCACGGAAGGGAGACGCACCACGCAAGCAAGAGAUUUAAGUUCGUCUUCGAAGUUCACUAUCCAUCAACAAUACCUCACAUGCUACUUUCGUCCCGUGCAAGGGCACUUCCGGGCCCACGAUCCGUCUGAACCAUGUUUUCCCCUCCUUUGGACUUCGUGUGCCAACUAGCGGAAGGGCACAACAUGGACCCAUUUAGCGUUAGGAACCCCUUCACUCUGAGCCUUUUAAUCUGAACUGACGCACGCGCAUCUCGCUUUCGGUGCGCCCUCCUAUACAUAUUCCUUUCUUAACACUCGUUUUCUUUCCUUUCUUAAAUUUAAAUGAACACAUUAUGACACAGCAUAUUGAAGCGAUAAUCAGAGAAAAAUUGUAACAUAAUAAACACACCCCUAUAUUGACUUUCGGAUUUGAAGAUAAGCGGUUGGUUUAGGUUUGCAGUGUUUCGCAACCCAUUUUGUUCUAACUAAUAGGUGAGCAAGCGAAACAUUUGCGGCCGCUAGGCUAAUGAUAAUCGAUAAACAGUGGUGGUGGUGGUGGGUGGGAGAGAUUUAAAUCCAACGUACUCCGAGAGAUGACUGGAUGUUUUUCCGAAGCAUGAGCAUCGUAAUAGUAGCUGCUAGUAGCGUGGUUAAGAGAAAGUAACUCAAUUAUUAUUACGGCACGAUAUAAAACUCAUAUUUACUAUCGGAAAGAGAGAGAGAGAGCAUAUGGGAUAAGUACAAGAUAGAGCGAAAGAAAAUGAGAAAGCAAGAAAAAAGAAACAUAAAACACUUAAUGACGAACGAAACAAAAUCUAGCUAAACGAAAACACAAAUAUACUAACCAUUUUUUUACUAAUUGGUAAGAGACCUUCUCACAGCAAGUUAUGCGAAAGAGAAGUGGUUCGAUUCUAGCUUCCGGUUUUUGCGCGUCGCUCCACAUAAGACACUUUCUUUUAUGAUGGUUCAAUGAUAAUAUUAAUGAGAUGCAACCGACGCUCCCACACUCGGCCGUUUGGUCCGCAAUUUUCGCAAGAUUCGGGUACGAUUCUGUAAAGCUACGAGAAGGGCGAGAUGAAGCUGACAUAAAACGACAGAAAUAAAUAUGCUGAAACACAAACAC